UAUGGACUUAUGCUAAAAGCAUAAACAGGUGUCCUUGCUCACUCCAUUCAAGAAGGGUGUUGGUGAUUGGAAUAAAGGAACUUUUGCUGAUCUAUUUCAUCAUGCUUCUUCAUUCUAAUCACAAUCAGAAUUGACUAUGGUGUUAUUGAGCAAGCUAGGAAUGAGGAGCUGUUUCAAUGUAAUUAAACCAAUGCACAGCUUUUUAUUUUCACAAAGCCAAACCUUAUUUGGGCAACCGCUGCUCGCACUACUCUAACACAACUUUCUUCCCCUCCACAUCUGUUACAACGAUGGAGAAGACUUUGUUGAUGUCUCUAGAGGUCGAAGAGGUUUGGGGGCAGUGUUACGUGAUGAAUGUGGUGAUUUCCUUGCAGUUUCUAAAGGCUUGUCAGGUCAUUUCAGUGUCAAGGCAACCAAACCUUAUGCAGUAGCUCUGGGCUUACAAACUCUUCAUCAAGCAAAAUUUUUAAGUCGGUUGACAUUAUCGUGGAAAUGGAUGCGCAGGAGGCAAGCAGAGGUCCGAAGAGAAAGAGGAGCAAUAUGAUGAGCCUCGACUACUUCUAUGUUAGAUUGCUGUUAUUGCUGUCCUUAUUUUGCUUCGAAUGUGUGUUUGGCAGAGAAAGAGGAGCAGGUUCAGGCUUGCAGACCAUCAAUGUAGAUCGCAAGGCCAAAAGCUCUCUUCUUUUUAAUGUCAAGAGCUUUGGUGCCAAAGCAGAUGGCCAAACCGAUGACAGCAAGGCCUUCACAGCUGCAUGGAAAGAGGCGUGCCAGUCCAAAGGUAGAGUCCACCUAAUAAUCCCAAGAGGAACAUACAUGAUUGGCCCUCUUAAGUUUUCAGGCCCCUGCCAAAACGUAUCGGCUCUAAAUCUUCGAGUAAAGGGUUACUUGAAGGCUACAGCGGAGUUGUCCAAGUAUGAAUUCGGUGGCGGUUGGAUUGAAUUUGCUUGGAUGAAGGGGCUAACCUUGACCGGAGGCGGAACCUUUGAUGGUCAAGGUGCUAAAGCCUGGCCUCACAAUAAGUGCUCUAAAGACUCCAAUUGCAAACUUCUUCCAACUAGUUUGAAAUUUGUUGCAAUGAAUAAGACAGUGAUCCGGGGCAUAUCCUCGGUGAACAGCAAGUUCUUUCAUAUAGCUGUUGUGGAAUGUCACAACUUCAAAGGUAGUAAACUCAAGAUUCAAGCCCCAGAAACUAGUCCUAAUACUGAUGGAAUCCACAUUGAACGAAGCUCGAGUGUGUACUUCUCUUCGUCACACAUUGCUACUGGUGAUGACUGCAUCUCAGUUGGACAAGGGAACUCCCAAGUCACCAUAACUAGCAUUGCUUGUGGACCUGGUCAUGGCAUCAGUGUGGGAAGUUUGGGAAAAUAUCCGAAUGAAGGAGAUGUUAGUGGGCUUGUGGUCAGAGACUGCACCAUUUCAGGUACCACAAAUGGUAUUAGGAUCAAGACAUGGGCUAACUCUCCAGGUAGAAGUGCAGCCACCAACAUGACAUUCACAAACAUCAUCAUGAACAAUGUGACCAACCCCAUCAUAAUCGAUCAGACAUAUUGUCCAUUCACGUCUUGCGCUUCUAAGGUGCCAUCAAAAGUGAAGCUGAGUGACAUUUACUUCAAGAACAUAAGAGGGACCUCGUCGUCUCAAGUAGCGGUUGCACUUGAAUGUAGCAAAGGGAUUCCAUGCCAGAACAUUUACCUUGAAGAUGUUCAUCUGAACUUGUCAUCUGGGAAGAAGGAAGCCACUUCAACUUGCAGUAAUGUUAAAGCCAAAUUCAUUGGCACCCAAAUCCCACCACCAUGUACUGAUUAGUUUUCCCUUUGUUAUGUGGAUUGAGAAUAAGAUCCUGAUUGAUAGUUUCCACUUGAACUUUGAUGUUGAACUGCAAUCCUAGCUGUUUCAGGAAGGUUAACUUGAGUUUUCUUUGUGGAUUUCUGCGUCGAAUAGUAUAACAAAGCUUUAAGGCCUAAGAAGGAUCAAGGAGACCUGUAAGCAAUUAGCAGGAGUCAUAAGAAUCACUCAUCAAAUUCUUUUUGAACAAAAUUUAUUGUACAAUAUCAACAAUUUUGGAGGGUGAUGUUGGUCGAGUAUACUUGCGAAUAAUGGAAAUGGUUAGG